AUUGGCUGCUAGCUAUUGGCUGCUGGCUUGGCGUUAGCGGCGGAAAAAGUUUAAUUCUUUCAAAAUGGCUUCAAGAGGAAGACGCCCAAUUCGUCCUCAGGGUGGCUUUGGUGCUGCUCCGGAACCAAAGAGCGGUGUGCCUGCAUCCAUGAUAAAGUCUGCUAGACAGUCUGGGCAGUUAAACCUCUCUGGUAGAAGUCUAACAUCAGUGCCAGACACAGUUUGGCGUAUCAACAUCGAUGUCCCAGAGGAGGGUAAGACAGUCUCAAUGGAUGGAGGUGAUGACCGCUGGUGGGAACAGACGGACCUUACCAAGCUUAUCCUGGCUUCCAAUUGGCUCACUGGAGUCUCUGAGGACAUCAGUAACCUGCCUGCUCUUACUGUACUUGAUGUUCAUGACAAUCGUCUUGAGAGUCUCCCACAGGCCCUCGGCAGUUUGCAGAACCUACAGAAACUAGAUGUCAGCCGCAACAAGCUUACAGAGGUGCCAUUGUGCAUAACGAGAUUACAGAAUCUGCGCAGCCUUCAGUUAGAGCAUAACCAGUUAGCUAGCCUUCCACAGGAGAUUGGUGCUCUCAUGUUCCUCGAACAGUUGGAUAUAUCAAACAACCAGCUAACGACCGUGCCAGUGAGUAUCGGCCAUCUGAGUCAUGUGAUGAGGCUGAACAUUUCUAACAACAAGAUCGCCUCACUGCCUCCUGAGAUUGGCUGCAUGAAUGGUUUACGUGAAUUGGAUGCGACCCACAAUGAGUUGUCUGGAUUGCCACAAGAAGUGGGGACACUAAUUCAUCUGGAGCGACUAUACCUGCGUCAUAACCGCCUUACAUACUUGCCUGUGCUUACAGACUGCUCAAACCUUAAGGAGUUACAUGUUGGUAACAACCAAAUCAGCGCAAUAACUGCAGAGCACAUUUCACAUCUGCCCGCUAUAUCCAUCCUGGAUCUCCGUGACAACAAGCUCUCUAGUCUCCCUGAUGAGAUCGUGCAACUCCAGUCUCUCGAGAGGCUUGAUGUUACAAACAAUGACCUAGCUGGUUUGCCGAAUGUCCUGGGGACAGUCACGACUCUGAAAUCCAUAGUGGUUGAUGGUAAUCCCAUGAAGACAAUCAGAAGGGACAUUGUCAUGAGAGGCACUCAAGAGAUCAAAAAGUAUUUACGCAGUCGUAUCGAAGAACCAGUCAAUAUCCCCGAAGGUACAAGAAAUGGGGUCCAGUCUAGCGAAGGCCAGUCAGGGGUCAUAGGGGCUGGAGGUCAGGGAGUUGAUGCCCAUGAGGUGUGCCAGAUGAAAAACCUUGAUUUUAGUAACAAGAAGUGUUCCAAGAUACCGGAGGAAGUUAUCAAGCUGGCAGUGAAAGGGGAGGUAACUUCAGUCAACCUGAGCAAGAACUCCUUUACUCAACUGCCUGAGGGAUUGAUGUUGAUCUCAGACUUCUUGAAGGAAUUGAACCUGGGCUUUAACAAGCUGACUUCCCUGCAUACAGAUAUUGGACUCUACUUCAAACUUACAACCCUUGAUCUGCGAAACAACAUGCUGUCAGAUCUUCCCAGUGAUAUGGCGUCCUUAAAAGGGCUGAGGGAAAUAUAUUUGUCUUUCAACAGGUUUACAGUGUUUCCAGCUGUAUUGUAUGACCUUCCUAAGCUGGAGAUUGUGUUUGCCAAUGAUAACAAGAUAGAGACCAUAGACGCUGCAGGACUGAAGAAACUGUCAGACCUAGCCACUCUCGAUCUUCAGAACAACAACAUUGGCAAUGUCCCCCCAGAACUGGGGCUCUGCACUCAGCUCAAGUCCCUACAGCUUAUGGGAAAUGCCUUCCGUAUUCCACGUCCUCAAAUUCUGGCCAAAGGAACUCUGGCACUGUUGGAACAUUUACGUGGACGCAUAGCAGAAUGAGGAAACCUGACUGCAUUAUUCACAAUGGACUUCCAGUUAUGAUUGAAUUGACCUUGCUAAUUGCUUGUUAUUUGAGGUCAAAACUUGGUGCCUGAAAAUGUUAUAAACUAAUUGAUCAGUUGGAUAAAACAGGUAUUGUCGAUUUUCAAAAUGAAAAUGUAUGAUUAUUUUUUUUAAAUAAUUUAUUGCUGUUUCUAUGAAAUAUUUCAAUAAUAAAUUUGUUUAAUAUUUGAAUAAAACAUCUUUAUAUUUGUUGAUAGCUUUGUUCAAAGUUUUUAUUAUAGUAAACCAGACGCUGUUGCCAUAUUGUUUUCAUAUGAAAUCAUAUUUUUCAAACAUUCAUAGCUGUGAUUGUUUGUAUUUUUGCAAAAUUUAAAAUGUCAAAGAUUAAUGAUAUAUUUUUAGGUUAUAACAUGAAGUUAAAGCUGCAACUGAAAUGUUUUAUAAAUUCAAGUUGGCUGUGUGUAGUAUGCAAAUAAACACUUUGUAUUACAAUGUUGGAAAUUUAUAGUGCUAUGUGAAUAACAAACUGUGAUAAGUAUGUCUUGGGACUAAACAUUUCUAAGUUAGAAAUUUAAUUCCCAUUAUAACUCUGCCUAUAUUCAAGUGUUUUUUGCACAUUUUGUUGUGUUCAGUUUCACCUUUCUUUGUUUCAUUUUGACAUGUUUUUUCGGUAAUUGUUUGAUAAUUUGUUUUCGAAAUAAAUUUUGAAAGUUUG